AUGGCUGCCGAGGGAGUGACGACUGCAGUGACUGAGUCAGUCAAAGAAGCGGUGCUGGCAGCAGUGAGAGAGGAGCUGGCUGCACACAAGGAGGAGGUGGAUGAGCUGCGGCACAUGCUGACAGCGGUGAAGGGGGAGUUGGUUGCGGUGAAGGGGGAGUUUACAGCGAUUAAGGGGGAGCUGGUAGUGGUUACAGGGGAAUUGGCAGUGGUGAAGGGGGAGUUGGCAAAACACAAGGACGCUAUGGCAGAGAAAGUGACUGAGAGUAGUAGGGCAUUGGAUGGAACAGGGCUGAAAGGGAAGAGUAGAAAGAGAAAGCAAGAAAUCACAGCGGAUGUUGCACGGGAGGAGGAGAGGAGGAGGGAGGUGCAGGAGUUGAAUCAGCUGCAUGCCACGGAGGACCUGGCGGCCUCUAAGGAAGGGCCGAAGAAACGAAACCUGAAACUGAAUGUUGCGCUGCAAAUCAAGCAGAGUAGAGGCGACCAGAAGACGGCAUGGAAGCAAAUCAAGUCCGCAUCACGGCGAGCGGAACUGAGUCUGAAGAGUUGCGACGGCCACCACAAGCGUUUGAGGGGUGGAGGAGAGGAGGCGGCGGGGCGGCUGGGGCUGGGCGCUGCGCUUUCUGCCCCCCUCCAGCACUUUCCACCACACCAACAACACCUGCCUAGUAUCGGCCGUAAGGAGCCCAGCUCGUGGCUGCGACAUGGAGGCAGCUGGCGACCUGCAGCAGCAUCAGUGGUGGCGGUGAGGGCGGUCAGCAACAAGCGGGGUGGAGGCAGGCGAGGAGGGAGCCUAUUCAUCUCAAUUCAAGGAGGGGCCUGGCAGCAUGGCAGGGCUAUGGGAUGCAGCAGCAGUGGCGGUGAAGCGAAGUCGGUCACCCGCCUGCAUGUACUCACCAUGCCCCGACCUUCUUCCCUUUCUUCCCCACACUCCCAUUCUGUUCUCGGGGAUGAGCAGGACCUUCUUCUGGAGCAGGGCUCCCCACGGCAACAGCACUCUCCUUGUGGACCUGUGAUGAGAAGCCCUGCUCAUCCCUGCGGCACACAUCCGGGUAGCAUGGCAGAGUCACUGGAGGCAGCAGCAGCACUGGUGGCGGUGGAGACAAGAAAGAGACGCGAUUCAGAUUGGGUGAUCGUUGUCAUGCAAACCAGUUAUGGCGCAAGCAUGGUGGGUGAGGAGAGAGGGUCGAGUAGCACUGAGAGCCGACCAUCCUCGUGGCUGCUCAUAAUGGUCCAUGCCAUAACUCUACUCUCUCUCCCCGUCAUCCCUUUCCUCCCUCACUUCACUUCCCUCCCCGUUUCCAAGUCCUCCUCCUCUGCUCCCCACCAUCCCAGCCAAGCAGCACCAUAG